UUCUCCUUCUAAAAAUACACUUGACCUGAAAUUUGUGUACAACACAAAAAAACCAGCAAAAGGUUAGUUAUAUCUGCACAUAUUUUCAAGUUGUUGUACAAGUUGGACACUUCGUCAUUGGUUCACUACAAUACAUACGUAGGAAAUACAUAAAUACAUAUUUAUAAAUUCCCGGUUCAGUGAAAAAUAGUGGAAUAAGGUUAAUCCAAUCCUUAAAGGAAAGUGCAGUUCGGGUUUACGUCUUACAAAUUAUUUUUCUACAUAAAACGAAAAAAUAUUCUAAACAAAAGAUUUCAAAUGGAUGCACGGGAAGGCAACGAAUUGACAUGCUCCACGUGCUUCAAAACGUUCAGCACUAAAGGAAACUUGAAGUAUCACAUGGUAACACAUGACGCCGAUGCGAAGGUGAAAUGUGAGAUAUGCGGGAAAUUUUUUAAAACUCCGCUAAGCUUAUCACAACACAAAAAAUUGCUUCACACCAGCCGGGACCGACCCAGUUGCGACAUUUGCCACCGUGUAUUUUCCAGCCCUAGAAAUUUACGGAGCCACAUUGACACCGUACACGAUACGGCUAAACGACUUCGUUUUCCAUGUGAAUUUCCCGGAUGUGCGAAAACCUACUUGACUAGAAAUGCCAUGUUGAAACACAAAAGAACUGAACAUUCAGAAAAUCCUACCCGAUUUCCGUGCACCCUUUGCAGUAAGGAAUUCAAAACGAGGACCGACCUUGAGGCCCACAUUUCCACCCACACGACGGAGAAGGCCUACAAGUGCUGCACGUGUGGAAGGAGAUUCACUCAACGUACAACCAUGAGAAGUCACCAGGCUACACAUAUGAAAAAAUAUACCAGAAGGAUCUUCAAGUGUAACCUUUGUCCAAAGACUUUCUUACGCAAAGCAACCUUACAUGCGCAUUCACAAGUUGUGCAUGAAAAUCGGAGGAAUCAUCCGUGCACAUUUUGCGACAAAAGAUUCUCGACAGCAACUGUUCUGAGGCAUCACGUGGAGGCGAGACACCCCGCAAAUAAGGAGAAAAUCUAUUCCUGCAAUAAAUGCCAAUUCAUGACCCCCGCGAAAGAAUAUUUAGUCCAACAUGUGAGGCGUCACAAUCCUGCGUAUCGACGAGAAUGUUACUUCUGCAAAAAGCAGCUUGUCUCCUUUUCGAGUUUGAUCGCCCGAACUUAUCUUAUUGCUCAAAUUGCUAAUGUAAACAUUCGACAUUUAUGAGACGUUGAUCAUAGUAAGUAAUCGUCUGAAAUCUGUAAACAGCCUGUCAAAAAUGAUAUUCUUGAUCCACAUUUUCUCUCAAUCAAUUUAGAUACAAGAGAUUAUCCCCAACACUUUUUUGUAAUUUUUAAGUAAUGCUACUAGUGCAUUUUUGAAACCGUUAUUUUUGACGUCAAACCACCUGGUCUGAAUUUGAGUAGGAUAUAUUCUCAGAUUUGCGUUUACACGAACUACUGCUUAAUAAAAAAAAUUAUAGUACAAAA